AUGGAUGGCCACAAGCCGUGGCGUCCCAAGACCCACGAACCGCACUUCUUCAACCUCUACGUCAACGACAAAUGCCAUAGGCCCGAAGAUUCUGACUACGACAUCAACUCCGAUCCCCCGGCCGAUGUUUAUGCCGAUCCGAUAGCUUUAGCCAACAUGAAGAAGAACUAUUGCCCGCUCGAGGGCUAUGCGAUAAGAUUGGAGCAUGGCAACGUCAUUGCGACCCCCUACAACAAAUGGUGGGAUCCGAAACUUCCCACCUUCUUCGUCGACGAUGACACCCAAUGCUACACUGUCAGCAAAGAACCACUCCAGCUGUACGUCGACUCUAGCACUGGUGCCUUGAAGUACACCAAGGUUGGAUGGAUGCCGCCAAACUCGCUCUCUGUUGGCUUCUACCGUACUGGCAAUAAUCCGCUUGGUAUUGUCGGCCGCAGCCCUUCCUACUUCACCUGGCCCAUCACCCCAGGAAUUUCGGAAAACAACGGAGAGUGGGACUUCUGCUGGUUGGGCGACACAAAGCAGUACCAAGUCUUCGUCAACAGGGAUAACUUCGAGUCUGCCGGCGUCAAGAAAAAUUACUGCGUUCAGAAGAGGCUUGCGGCGGCUAAUGCCAAUCCUUGGCAGAAGAAGAAGCCGCACUGGGGAGACAAGCCUGACCAUGGAUAUGAAACCGACUAG